ACUCCUCGGGUCGAGCUUCAGACACGUUGUUCACCUCAAGGCGCUCUGAGGGGUCAGCUCUCUCUGAACACAGCCUCUUGUAUGGAGGAGCAAAGUCUUUAUUGUUCAUCAAAUGGGAAUCACGUGCGCGCGUGAAACUUCGGCUCGCGUUCCCCUCCAGUGAUCGUCAGAUUGUGCGCGGAGCUCUCAACAUGCCGGAGAGAAUCAGUAUUUCGGACUUUGUGGUCCUGACCAACGAGGAUUUGUCUUCGCCGGGGACUUCAAGUUUUCAGUCCAAAAUGAGCGACUGUCGGAACACAGUUUCAACCGUGGAUGAGUCUCUGGAGAUGGACCACACCGCUCUGCAGAGGAUGAAGAAGAUGAUCAAAGCUAUACACACCUCUGGACUCUCCCACGUUGACAACAAGGAGCAGUAUGUUGAGCUGCUGGAGAACCUGGGGAACAGCCACCUGACCCAGGACAACAACGAAGUCUCCACAGGGUUCCUCAACCUGGCUGUGUUCACCAGAGAGGUCACGGCCCUCUUCAAAAACCUGGUGCAAAACCUCAACAACAUCAUGGCAUUUCCUUUGGAAAAUGUGCUGAAGUCAGAACUCCGGGACAGCAGACUAGAGCUCAAGAAACAGAUGGAGAAGAGUUGGAAGGAGUAUGACGUGAAAAUAGGGAAGCUCGAGAAGGAGAAGACCCGGCAGCUGGGUCUGAUCAAGGCCGAGGGAUCGGACGGCGGGGAGGACAUGGAGAGGGAGAGGCGGACCUUUCAGCUGCAGAUGUGUGAGUAUCUUUUGAAGAUCCAGGAGCUCAAGGUGCGGCAGGGUCCUGAUCUUCUCCAGAGCCUCAUCAAAUAUUUCCAGGCCCAGCUCAGUUUCUUUCAGGACGGGCUGAAAGCUGCAGAGAAUCUCACUCCCUUUAUCGAGAAGCUCGCCGCUUCCGUCCACACGGUGCGCGUGGAUCAGGAUGAGGAGGUGAAACAGCUCACCCAGUUGAGGGAUUCUCUACGAUUACUUCUGCAAGUGGAAGGGAAAGAGGAGUAUCUGAACAGGAAGAACUCUGGCAAUGGGUAUAGCAUCCACCAACCACAGGGCAACAAGAAGUACGGGACGGAGAAAUCUGGCUUCCUGCUCAAGAAGAGUGAUGGGAUCAUGAAGGUUUGGCAGAAGAGGAAGUGUGGAGUGAAAUUUGGCUGCCUGACAAUUUCCCACAGCACGAUCAAUCGACCGCCAGCCAAGUUGAACCUGCUGACCUGUCAGGUGCGACCAAACCCGGACGACCGGAGGACCUUUGACCUGGUCACCCAUAAUCGGUCAUACCGUUUCCAGGCAGAAGACGAACAGGAAUGUAUGAUUUGGGUGUCGGUGCUGCAGAACAGCAAGGAGGAGGCCCUGAACACAGCGCUGGUGGGCGACCAGCUCCACCUCCAGGACAGCGGGCUCCAGGAGCUCUCCCGGGGAAUCAUCGCAGAGCUUCGGCACAUGCCCGGCAACGAGGCCUGCGCCGACUGUGGAGCACCGGAUCCAACGUGGCUGUCCACCAAUUUGGGCAUCCUGACCUGCAUCGAGUGCUCUGGCAUCCACAGAGAGCUGGGUGUCCACUACUCCAGGAUCCAGUCCCUCACCCUGGACCUACUGAGCACCUCGGAGCUUCUGUUGGCCGUCAGUAUUGGCAACACCAGAUUCAAUGACGUCAUGGAGGCCGGCCUUCCAGAUGACUCCGUCAAACCGUUGCCACAAAGUGACAUGAACGCCAGGAAGGAGUACAUCGUGGCGAAGUACGCCGAGCGCCGGUACGUCCUGCGGAGAGAAGACGCCGACCCCGGCCGGCUGCACGAGGCCGUGAGGAGUCACGACCUCGCCGCUCUCCUCCAGCUCUACGCCGAGGGAGCCGACGUCUCCAAACCGCUGACCCCGCCCGACGGACCGGGCAUCAAAGAGACGGCGCUCCACCUGGCCGUGCGGCAGGAGGAAAGGAGCUCUCUGGCGCUCGUGGAUUUCCUCUGCCAGAACAGCAACUGCCUGGAGAAGAGAACGGCGGAGGGAAACACGGCUCUUCACUACAGCGUCCUGCAUCACAAGCCCGAGUCCCUCAAGCUGCUGCUCAAGGCGAAGGCCGCUCUGCACACAGUGAACUCUGCAGGAGAAACGGCCGUUGAUAUCGCACGGAGGCUGCAGCAUGCACAGUGUGUCGAGCUGUUGGAGCUGGCCCAGAGUGGGAAGUUUAACUCUCAGAUCCAUGUGGAUUUCAUGUGGGAUAUCUCCCAGUCUCAGGAGUUUUAUGACAGCGAGGAUGACCUGGAUGAGAGGGUGAGUCCUUUACCCACAAGCCGCUCUCCUCGAGCCUCAAACGGAGGCGGUGCCUUUGCCCGCUGGAGCAUGGGUAAUGGAGCUGGUAGUCAUGCUGGGAUCCGGCCAUGUCAGACAUAUGAGAAUCUAGACUUUCUCUACAAUAAUCCUCCAGUCAACAGCGCCCCCUCUGGAACGUCAACGCCGCCACCACUGCCAGCUAAAUCCAUCCUGAGAGGUCGCUCAGACCCCCAGAUUUCCAUCACAACAAAGGAUGGAAACCCGCUCCUACGUCGAUGCUCCGGCCCCCAGACACAGGCGAGAUAUCGGCCCCCCUCACCCAGCACAGAAAACCAAGGCCACGGGGCGAGACCCCCCAGGUCUCCCGUAGGACAGGGCGCUCAAAGCAGCGUCACGCCAUCGUCCUCUCCGAGCUCCAUCGGGCCCGUCAGUUCAGAGAAGACGACGUCGUAUCGCCGGACCAACGGCGCCGGAGGCCACCAGGGGAAGUGUGGCGCGUUGUCUCCGAGCUGCGUGGGCAGCCAGGAGGAGCUCUACUGCAGCCAAGCGGGUACCGGGCCCGGCCUCGGCCCGGCUCCUGCUCCUGCUCCGGCACCGCCGCCCUCACCGACGGUGACUUGUGUCCCGCGACCCCGCAAGAACGCCAUGGUCUCCGGCAGCAGGCCACAUCAGAAGCGCGUCAAGGCUUUAGUGGACUGCAGAGCGGUCAGUGCCGAGCAGCUCGCCUUCUUCAAAGAUGAGAUCAUUGUGGUCACAGGCACUCAUGACCCCCACUGGUGGGUUGGUCAAAUCGAGGGGGACCCGUCCAGGAGUGGGACCUUUCCUGUCAACUAUGUACACAAAGUAACGGACUGAAGGGACGGGGAACGAUGGAACUACUGUGUGGCAACAUAACUGAGCCAGCAUGGGAUGCUUACUGGAAACCCGUUUUCAUCACAGUGGAUUUUAAUCUACCGAGUGGAUCGAUCUCCGACUCGAGGGUUUGAGCUACCUGAGAAUAUUUCCUUCAUGGGGAUUUACAAGAUACCUCCGGAUGAAUGGCACUGUUUUAUGAAUUUAUAACUUUUUAAACAUAUACUCAUUCUGAACCAAUAAGGGAAGGGUUGGCCUAUUCUGGUUUCUUAACCAUGCAUCACUAAUAGGUACGAUGGCACUUGUUGUGUAGAAACUGCUUUAUUACAUCCAUUUAACUCGUAAUUCUACAUGUUGAAGUUGUCCAUGCUGAUCUUGAGGCCAAACUUACCUGCCGGGCAACACCCUGUAAGGCACUUUAAACUCAUUGAGAAACAAUCUUCUGAAGAGUUGUCAGCAUUUCUGUAAAUAGUUAGAAGGCCCUCUAUUAAACCAUCGUAUACCGACUUGGAGUUGAGUUUUGAACCCAGUGUCUGCUGCAGCCUGGGACUCUGAGAGUGGCUUUGUGCCGCCAGUCUGUCUCCAACAGGACAGCAGGCGCCUUGGCGGAGGUCUGAAUCCUGAGCUCGGCCAUCUCGACCCGGGGCGCCGCGCCUGCAGGGAGAGGAUCCGGUUUCUCCCGGCAUCUGUCUCCGCAGAACCUGGAAUAGCAACAGUGCGUUUCAGAAAAUCAACUCUCUGCAGAAAUGGAACUCAAAGAGAGCUUGUUAGCAGCUGCACCACACUGCAGUCGUUUGUUCACACACACACACUGACUGGACACACACACACACACACACUGACUGGACACGUGUGCACACAAGCACACUUGCACUUCCAUUACACAGUAGAUUUAGGAACCUUUAGAGAUGAAACUGCUCCACUUUUUAUAUUAGUGACUCAUGUCACACAUUUCAUAGCCAUUAGACAGAAUUUGUUGUACAGACUUGUAUAUAAAUCUCCAUUGAUGUACAGUAUACACCACCCAUUUUCUCAGCUGUUAUGCAUUAUAAAGGAUUAUUUUAUUCGUAUUACUCCAUGUUGGUAAUUUGAUCUCUAAUCUCGUGUCACGUUCCAUUAGUCAUCUUAAUGGCUGUCAGAGAAACGAGCUGGGAAUAGACCCGGUGUGUGUUCAGUGUGCAGCAUUUAAGGCGAUCUAGUGGCAGAAAUGGAAUAUACUGUUAAGUAUGUAUUCUUUAGUUUAUCACUUGAAUAUUAUAAUUAUGUUUUUUAGCAGUCGUUAAUAUCUACGUUCAGGGUCCUCUCCGCAGACCCGGCUGCCGUGUUUCUACGGUGGCCCAGACUGGACAAACCAAACCCUGCUCUACAGAAGGCCGUUAGUGUUUUGGCGUUUUCCUCCGACACGGGAGAAACUACAGCUGGUUGUAAUCUCAGCCUCAGCGCUAGACGCCACCAAAUGCUACAAACUAGACCAUUAAACGGGCGCGUCUGUUGCCUUGUUAUAGUAUAACGUAUUAAAAUAAUAAUAAUCAGGAGACGGGCAUGUUAUCGGAUAAAUGCAACGCAGGACUUGACUGUAUUAAAGUACAACUGUGGGAACUGUUGUCAAAUGUAAACAAUCGUACAUUCAUUUUAGGCUAUUUGUAAAUACACAUAACAUGUUUUAAUAAAGUUCCAUGCAGUCUUA